UUAGAGUGGCACAGCAUGUGUUUGUUGCCCGGUCACCUGCUCAAUGUGAAAGAGAGAGACAGACAGAGACAUGUCCACAUCAGGACGGUGUGUGUUUAAGCACCUACUGCACUAUUCUUUAAGUCCUGGACUGUUCAAAUCGGAUGUUGUGAGGCCAUGCGCUACACGAUCUUUGUCUCUCACGUCACACCUCUGCGCCAAAUCUCGUGACGCUCCAGGCAGCGGUGAUGGCGAGGAGAGCGUCUCUCAGCCCAUCAAGUUCUCUACGAGUAAAGCCAGCCACCGGACAUGGAAGGUGGAGCGCUCGAUGGGCAGCAGGUUUCAGCGGCCGUGGUGGCAGGUCCUGCCCCUCAGCGUCCUCACUGUCGGCUUCCUGCUCUGGUGCGUCUUCCGGCAGGAGUCUGACAUCGACCGCACUCUGGAGAAACAGCUGUAUGAACAUUUACCCGGGUUACUGAGCACGGACGAGGAGGAGGCCGAGGAACUCGAGAAAGAACCUGAUGGUGGUUCGAAGUGAACACGAGUUAAUAUUAUGUGGACGUUUAUUUUAUACAUGUUAUGAUUGUAUUGUCAUUGCUUUAGCAUCUCGGUCAUGAGAUUGUGGAACCUGUCUUACACCAAUACACCAUUUUUUAUAUUGGCUGAAUGUUGCAACUCCCAGUGUAACACGGUGCAAGCUACAUGUCUUCAUCACACACUCACCAAAAACUGCCAUGCUGUUCAGUAUGUGGUUUCUGACACUGUAUGAAUUUAUAGAAAUAAACAAAUGGACCUUACAGAGCAAAAAGAAACGUCAA